GAUAUGCUUUUGAGUCCUGGAUCAGCCACUUUCUGGGUGACUUUGUGCCUGUCACUUCCCAUGUCAGACUAGUCAGCUCUUAAGCCCCUUCCAACUCUUAACAUUCUGGUUCUGGAAUUCCAACCCCUGUGGGAGAGCUGUACAUAGAGCCAGGGCAUGAGGGUGGCUUCUUUUUUCCUAAAUAGGUUGUUCUGGGAGAGGUCAAAGGUAAUGGCCAUUGAUCUGGGCUGGAAAGGCCAGACUUGGGAGCAGGGUUUCUGGGUUCUUGAGAAAGGAGGCAUCUGGCCUGGGACUGGGAAACUUGUAGUAGCUCUGCUACUCAGUUACAUGUGUUACCUUGGAGAAGUCACUCAAUUUAUUUGGGCCUCAGUUUACUCCUCUGUAAAUGAGGGGGUUAGACUUAGAUGGUGUCUUGAGAACCCUUCUAGUUCUGACAUUCUGAAUUUCCUUGAGUUGUGGCUGCUCCCGUCUUUGGUGGUGCAUUUCUCCAAAAGAGGGCGCUCCUGGGCCUCCUUGCUACUCUGGCCCCCAGGAGAAGUUCAGAGGAUUGUUGGAUUUAAAAACAUUUUAGAGAGAAAAAAAAAUUGGCAGGAGCCAUCCAGUCAAACCCCCCGAUUUUAAAGAUGAGUAAAUGGGCCCCCAACAGGUAGCUGGUUUGCAUAAGGUCAGACAGGUAAUGGGAGCAGAGCUGGAAUUCAGACACAGGACUACUGACUGGGAAUGCUGUGCUCCUUACGUUAUACCACAGUAGCUGCCUAAGACCAUUUCCAAACUUUCUGAGCUGCUCCCCCUGUUUUGCCAGUGCUGCCCUUCACCUGUCUCUUUUUCACUUGUGUUCCUGCCCUGCUACCACCACUCCUCAGUCUAGUGGGAUGCUCCAGCCCUGUGUUCUUCCCUUUCCUUUGGCUUUGCCACUCCCUUUCCUUCUGUCCCAGCUCCCCUCCUCCAGCAGGCCCUAGACUCUUGUGACCUUGUUAUUCUGAGCCUUUGGUUCUGACAGGAGAUGGACAGGAGACAGCUGGAGUCUGCAGUAUACCCUGGGCAGAGAGCUGGCGGAAGACUAUUAGAGCCAAAAUGGACCUUAGAAGAACAAUCAACUGGCUUGGCGUCCUCGUACUACACAUGGGAAAAUGAAGGAACAGGGGAAGUGAUUUGCCCAAGGUCACAACUCCUUUCUACGACCUUCCCACCUCUAACCCUUCACUGGUUAAUCCUCAUCCUGUCUUUGCUCCACUACCAUUUCGUUCCUUUGCCCCUUCGGCUAUCGCCUUCCUCAUUCCCUCUCCUUUUCCUCCACCCCUUCUUACCAGCCCCCAAUACCCACACUCUUUUCUCCUGACCCCCCAAGGUCCCCUCCUACCUCCCCCAUUCUUCAGCAGUUGCCUAGUGGUAACCAGACGCUCCACCCUGGGGCAAGGGUGGGGGCUGGCUCACAGCAGCUGCCACUGCUGGGAGGCUGACACUGAAUCCAGGGCUCAGAAACUUCUUGUGCCUUCGAACCCAGUCUUUCAGUCCUGCCUGGCUCCUGACAACAGGGCCUCCUGCUCCUUUCUCCUUAAGGUUCAGUUUGCUUCUUGUUCCACUGGCCCCUCACCUCUAGUCUGUUCCCCUCAGCUAUCUCCUUUAGGGCUUCCCUCCCCCGUGGCUUCUCCAAAUAAGGUAGCUGUAGUGUAGUGGAAAAAUGGAUGGAUUUGGAAAAACUGGGUUUGAAUCCCAGUUCUGCCACUUAUUACUUGUGUGAUUGUGGACAUCUUUCUGGAAUUCAUUUUUCUCAUCUAUAAAAUGAGAGCAUUGGAAUAGACAGUCUCUAGGGUCCCUUCCAGCUCAAAAUCCCAUGAUUUCCCCUACAUCUGUCACUGUUUCACCAGAUCUGACCUUCCCCAGUCAUACCCACACCCAUUCCCUUUGUCUAUACCAGCCUGAUUUAGUUAUCCUCCAUGAAUGUCCAUCCUACCCUGAUUUUCCUUGAGGCAUCUGUCCAGCUCUUGAGCACAAUAUAACCAUUAUCUUUGUUCUCUACUGACCUUAGAUUUCUCCUGUUUUAAUUUUUCCAAUUCUCACCUGGGAGUAACGCCAACAGUCAGGUGAUAGCAGUAAAAAUUGUACAUUAGCCAUAAGGUUUUGGGUCAAGACCUGUCAGUGUGGAGGAAGCCAUGGCUUGAGAAAGAAUCAUUGUUUCUAUCCUUCCUUGUCUAGGAAGGUAUCUCUACCCCCAUUCUAAACCUUCAGACCAUAUGUCUUUCCUCUUUGUGCCAUCAGCACAUUUUGUAGCCUCUUGGGUUACCCCUGUUGCUGGGUAUCCCAUUUUCCUUGUGGGGGGGAUUCCCUAUCAGGAAUGGUGGGGCAGGGCCUUGUGUUUCCCAUGGCUUUAGGCGGGCAUAUGGGGAGGUGGUGUUGGCAGGGGGUACAUGCAGUCCUGGCUCUACUCACCAGCACUUGGACACUAAAUCCCAUGUUGAUGCUCCUGCUGCCCCCCUCCCUGGGGUAGGGUUACCACCUUCUGCCCUGUCCCUUUGACCCUCUCCCCUCCUCAUUUCCACUUGCCCCUCUAGAGUUGCGCUCUCCUAUCCCACAGUAGACAAUCUCCCUUCCAGUUUUGUCUUAGUUUUCCCUGGCCCUUUCACUUGACCUCUUGGUUCCAGUCUCUAUGUGUUUCCUCCUUUAUUUCAUUAGGAUGAAGAAGAUGCUGAAAGUUAUGGGGCAGUAGGGACAGGCUGAGCUAUCCAGGUUGGACGGGGGUCAGAGUUGCGUGAAGGGGAGACAAGCCCAUCAGGGGGGCUGAAGAGAGACAGACAGAGACAAGCAGGUGGAGAGACUAAGGAGGAAAUUCCCCACGUGUAAAAGAGACCCCCUAGAAGAACGCACCGGCCCCUGGCCCCCAGGAAGGGAGCAAGAUGGAGGCCGCACACGCCAAGACCACAGAAGAAUGCCUGGCCUAUUUUGGGGUGAAUGAGAACUCUGGCCUCACCCCUGACCAAGUUAAAAGACAUCUAGAGAAAUAUGGACCCAAUGAACUCCCUGCAGAAGAAGGCAAGUCCCUGUGGGAGCUGGUGAUAGAGCAGUUUGAAGACCUCCUCGUUCGGAUUCUUCUCCUGGCAGCCUGCAUAUCUUUUGUGCUGGCCUGGUUUGAGGAAGGUGAGGAGACCAUCACAGCUUUUGUUGAGCCCUUCGUUAUCCUCCUCAUCCUCAUUGCCAAUGCCAUUGUGGGGGUUUGGCAGGAGCGUAAUGCAGAGAAUGCCAUUGAAGCUCUUAAGGAGUAUGAGCCUGAGAUGGGCAAAGUGUACAGGGCUGACAGGAAGUCCGUGCAGCGGAUUAAGGCCCGGGACAUUGUCCCCGGAGACAUCGUGGAGGUGGCUGUGGGUGACAAAGUUCCUGCAGAUAUCCGUAUCCUGUCCAUCAAAUCCACUACCCUUCGGGUUGACCAGUCCAUCCUGACAGGUGAGUCGGUGUCUGUCAUCAAGCACACAGAUCCCGUCCCUGACCCACGAGCUGUCAACCAGGACAAGAAGAAUAUGCUUUUCUCGGGCACCAACAUUGCAGCAGGAAAGGCAGUAGGUAUUGUGGCAACCACCGGAGUGAGCACAGAGAUUGGGAAAAUUCGGGACCAGAUGGCAGCCACGGAGCAGGAUAAAACGCCCCUGCAGCAGAAACUGGAUGAGUUUGGGGAGCAGCUGUCUAAGGUCAUCUCUUUGAUCUGCGUGGCCGUCUGGCUCAUCAACAUCGGCCACUUCAAUGACCCUGUCCACGGGGGCUCCUGGUUCCGCGGUGCCAUCUACUACUUCAAGAUAGCUGUGGCCUUGGCUGUGGCGGCCAUUCCCGAAGGUCUGCCGGCUGUCAUCACCACCUGUCUGGCCCUGGGCACCCGUCGGAUGGCAAAAAAGAAUGCAAUUGUGAGGAGCCUGCCCUCUGUGGAAACUCUGGGCUGCACCUCAGUCAUCUGCUCUGAUAAGACAGGCACCCUCACCACCAACCAGAUGUCUGUCUGCAAGAUGUUUGUCAUUGAUAAGAUCGAUGGGGAUUUCUGCUCUCUGAAUGAAUUUACCAUCACUGGUUCCACUUAUGCCCCUGAGGGUGAAGUCUUGAAGAACGAUAAGCCAGUGCGGGCAGGUCAGUACGAUGGGCUGGUGGAGCUGGCCACCAUCUGUGCCCUCUGCAAUGACUCCUCCUUGGACUUCAAUGAGUCCAAAGGUGUUUAUGAGAAGGUUGGGGAGGCUACAGAGACGGCACUCACCACCCUGGUGGAGAAGAUGAAUGUUUUCAACACAGAUGUGAGAAGUCUCUCCAAGGUGGAGAGGGCCAAUGCCUGCAACUCUGUGAUCCGCCAGCUGAUGAAGAAGGAAUUCACCUUGGAAUUUUCCCGUGACAGGAAGUCCAUGUCUGUCUAUUGUUCCCCAGCCAAGUCUUCCCGGGCUGCUGUGGGAAACAAGAUGUUUGUCAAGGGUGCUCCUGAGGGGGUCAUUGACCGUUGUAAUUACGUGCGAGUUGGCACAACAAGGGUGCCACUAACAAUGCCAGUGAAGGACAAAAUCAUGUCUGUGAUCAAGGAGUGGGGCACAGGCCGGGAUACCUUACGCUGCUUGGCCCUGGCCACCCGGGACACUCCACCCAGGCGAGAGGAGAUGUCACUAGAAGAUUCUGGCAAGUUCUUAGAAUAUGAGGUGGAUCUGACAUUUGUUGGGGUAGUGGGGAUGUUGGAUCCACCCCGCAAAGAGGUCACAGGGUCUAUCCAGUUGUGCCGUGAUGCGGGAAUCCGAGUCAUCAUGAUCACAGGUGACAAUAAGGGUACAGCUAUCGCCAUCUGCCGGCGCAUUGGCAUCUUCGGGGAGAAUGAGGAGGUGACAGGCCGAGCCUAUACAGGUCGGGAAUUUGACGAUCUGCCCCUGGGAGAGCAGCGGGACGCCUGUCGCCGCGCCUGCUGCUUUGCCCGUGUUGAACCUUCCCACAAGUCUAAGAUCGUUGAGUACCUGCAGUCCUUCGAUGAGAUCACUGCAAUGACUGGGGAUGGUGUGAAUGAUGCCCCAGCUCUGAAGAAGGCCGAGAUUGGUAUUGCCAUGGGCUCUGGUACUGCUGUGGCCAAGACUGCAUCGGAGAUGGUGCUGGCAGAUGACAACUUCUCCACCAUCGUGGCUGCCGUAGAGGAAGGCAGGGCCAUUUACAACAACAUGAAGCAGUUUAUCCGAUACCUCAUUUCCUCCAACGUUGGGGAGGUCGUCUGUAUCUUCCUUACAGCAGCCUUGGGACUACCUGAAGCCCUGAUCCCUGUACAACUGUUGUGGGUAAAUCUGGUGACUGAUGGGCUUCCAGCCACAGCCCUGGGCUUCAACCCUCCAGAUCUGGAUAUCAUGGACCGUCCCCCAAGAAGUCCCAAGGAGCCCCUUAUUAGCGGCUGGCUGUUCUUCCGCUACAUGGCUAUUGGGGGUUAUGUGGGUGCAGCCACAGUAGGCGCAGCAGCUUGGUGGUUCUUGUAUGCCGAUGAUGGGCCUCGUGUCACCUAUAGCCAGCUGACUCACUUCAUGAAGUGCACAGAGGAAAAUUCUGACUUUGAGGGUGUGGACUGUGAGGUCUUUGAAGCCCCUGAGCCCAUGACCAUGGCCUUAUCCGUGCUGGUCACCAUUGAGAUGUGCAAUGCUCUCAACAGAUGAUUUUCAAACUGCGGGCGUUGGAUGUAACCCAAUGGCUGAUGGUUCUCAAGAUCUCACUGCCUGUCAUCGGUCUGGAUGA